AUGCGCGACUCGAAGCACCCGCCGCCCAUCCACAACGCCGACCCAGGUCCUGCACACAAGGCAGAGCGUAGGCCCUCCCUCCCCGACUCGGCUCGCGCCCUACACCGCCCAGAGGACUACGCCCACCUCUUGCACUCGUUCGACACUUUCCUCUUUGACUGCGACGGCGUCAUCUGGACCGGCCCGGCGGGAGACCAGCUCACGCCCAACAUCGUCGAAACGCUCGAGUUCCUGCGCGGCAAGGGCAAGAAGCUCGCCUUUAUCACCAACAACGCGACCCGGUCUCGGCAGCAGUACGUCGACAAGUUUGCCGGCUUCGGCAUCAAGGUGUGGCUCGACGAGGUCUUUACGUGCGGCAGCGCGACAGCCGAGUACGUGCGCGCCGUCGUCCUCCCGUCGAUCAAGGACGAGUCGAAGCGCGGCGUCUACCUCAUCGGGCAACGCGCCAUGGAGCACGAGUUCGAGGACGAGGGCCUGUCGUGGAAGGGCGGCACGGCGUCAGAGGACGACGUGCUGCCCGAGCCGCAGGACUUUAGCGCCAUCGUUCCAGACGAGUCGAUCGGCGUCGUCGUGUUCGCGUUCCAGAUGAGGGUCAACUACGUCCAGCUCGCAAAGGCCUACAACUACCUCUCGUCCAACCCGGGCUGCCGCCUCGUCCUCACCAACGACGACCAGAGCUUCCUCCUGCCGUCGGGCGGCUACGCCCCGGGCGAGGGAGCCAUUGCUUCGGUUCUGUACGGCGCUCUGCCCCCUGGUGCGCCCGAAAAGGUCGUUGUCGGAAAACCGCACAAGCCCCUGCUCGACAUCGUCCAGCGCGAGCUCCAGUUCGACUCGAAGCGCACCGUCUUUAUCGGCGACCGCCUCGAGACGGAUGUCCUCUUCGCCAAGCGCGGCGGCAUCGCCUCGGUCCUCGUGUGGACCGGCAUCUCCAAGCCCGAGGUGCUCUCCUUCUUUCUCUCUCUUGCACUCCUUGCGCACGUGCCUCGACCUGACUCGCCGCUCGUCACGCCCGCAGGACCUCGUCGGCCUUCCCCUCGAGGAGGAGCCCGAGUACACGAUGGCGAGCGUCGGCGCUCUCCUCGACGCACAACACUUGGCCAACUGAUAUCUAUAUUGCAUCGAUAG